AUGUGGACAGAUGCACUUUCACUAAAAGGAAAAAGGUUAGAUUUUUAUGGCAGAGCUGACACAUAUGUAAGCCUGACCAACACCAUUCCUGAACUCAGUCGAUUCACAGUAUGCAUUGACCUGCGAUUUGUGGGUGCCAGAUCAAGUGACUGGAUGGCCUUCUCCUAUAUUACUAAAACUACUUUCCUGGGUAGAGAAGACAUAGACCUUGGACUUGCAGGAGACCAUCAGCAGCUAAUCGUGUACAACUUGGGCAAGACCUUUUACAUCCGUUACCACCUGACUCCAUUUCAGUGGCACACAAUAUGCUUGAUAUGGGAUGGUGUGAAAGGCAGAUUAGAGCUCUUCCUGAGUAAAGAAAGGAUACUGGUAAUGAUCGAUCAGCCACGAAACCUGGCGCCUAAUGGGACUCUGGUUCUAGGACAUUUUCGCAAGAAAGGGGAUGAUCAUGUUAAAGGCAUGGCUCCUAGGUUCACCAGCAGCUUGUACUACUUUCAACUCUGGGACCUCAUCCUGGGAAAUGAAGAGUUUAUGAAGUGUUUGAGCGGAAACGCGGUUAGUUGGGAAGAAGGUGUUUGGCUUAUCAACAAGAUAAUUCCAACCGUUGACAUGAGACUGUGCUGCGUUGUUUCUGAAAAUGUAGCAACUCAGGAAACAACUACAACUCUUUCACAACAAAUAGAUUUGACAACACCAUUCCAAGUUACUGGACUAAAACCUCAAAUGACGGUAUAUUCUUCUACCGUGGUGUCUAAAAGCAUGCCUGUAUUUGCAACUGAUUAUACACGAUCGUAUUCCAAUACAGCAUCUCCACCUCUGGAAAGAAGGACUGCACCAAUUUUUUUAAAGACAUCCAUAGCUGAGACAGCUACAUUCGCAGCAGACAUAUUGUCUACUUCAGCAGCCAUUGCUCUGUCUACCAAGAGUACCUCCAUUGGCCCUACUACCAAUUCCAUGAAAAUAAGUAAAUCCCCAUCUUCAGAGAGCACAGGGACAACAAAAAUGGCUGAAUCCAUUGCUACUGAGACCUUUCAUCCAACGGUAGCUCCGAAUUUUCUGUACACGUCUGGAUUUACCAAGAGUUCAAUUGCAUCCAAAACUUCAGUGACUGGAUCUCAGUCGGCUGUUACAAGGACAACAUGUUUAUUCUCAUCUAUUGAGUCGACAUCCAGGUCUGCAACAUCUUGGCCCAAACACAAAUCCACAGGUAUGGGGGCACUCCCUAGCUCCACAGCUAGCCAGGAGUUUCUUGCAUCUACAGCUGCUGGAAGUGUACCUCAGUCCACGGUGGACCCGACUUCAGCUGCAACUACUCACAUUGGGACUGCAUCAGCACUGCCACCUGAGUCUGUGCUCCUCUCCACAGCUGUUCCAGUGGAUUCCGUAUUUCCUAGGAAUCAGACGGCAUCCGCAUUGGCAACAACUGAUAUGGAAAUACCCUUUACGGUUUAUCCAGCUAGGUCUAUUGAAAUGACACCUGCGCUAAGAACAGUUGAAACAGAGCCAGCAUUUACAAAUUUCCAGGAUGUCUCUUCAUCCAGAGUGGAGGGCACAAUAUCUACCUCCUUGCCGAAAGAGGCCUCUUCCGUGGCCCUUUCUUUUAGGACAUCCUCUCCAUUCACCAGAGCUCAGAGUGUACAGACAGUUAUUGAUGCUGAGACUACACAUGCAGCCUUGACUACUGGGAUCACACUUGCACCUACAGUGGCUGAAACUAUGCUUUACCCCACAAUCGCUGGGCCAGUAUGUACCCAGAAUACACCCUCAGGUGGUGAAAACAUGCUUCCUCUGAUUUCCACUAGAUCAGCUUCCACAUCCAAGGUGUCUGAGUCUGGUCCCACAUCAGUAACUGAUGAAGGUAACCAUCUAUCCUCCACCAAUGACAUCAUUUGGACUUCCAGGCCAGAACAGACCCUGUUGACAUCGGCAUUCCAUGGGAGUACUUCUAAUACAGAACAUUCAUCCACAACUGCUAAUAUUAUCAUCCAACCAGAAGCAUCCACAGAGAGUGAGGCCGCUGCCACCGCUGGUGUUACAACCGACAGAUAUACAGCCGUUCUAUCCAAAUUGACAUCUCCGUGGUUUGCUAAUUUCUCCACAGUUUCUGGAGCCACAUCUGUAACCAAACUGCCUGAGUGUAAACUUACCAGCUUACUACUAAAACCCCCCUCUAUGUCCACAGUAGCUGGAAAUGAACUUCUUUCAACAGCAAGGGAGACAGUUGAUCCACCAGUGGAUAGAAUAUCUACCCUUGCUUCUGUUGAACCAAAGUUUUCUACUGAGGAGAGUGCUUCUGAGAACACGCAAACAGAGUCAAAUGGUACAAUGGCAUCUGGAGAGACAACAGCCCCCGUUGCAGCGUCUGCAACAGCACAAAGAUUCAGAACUGCUGUGACAAGGACAGAAAGCACUUCCCAUUUUCUUAAGGGAAACGCGACUGUAGCAGCGACAACCGAGGUUUCUCCAUUUGCAACGAUACUGGAAGCAACAGAUGAAUCUGUUUCCCCCCUCCCUGAUAUAGAGAAGCUGACUACCCGAUUGGAUAAUACAACUGCAAGUACUGAAGCGAGACAAAGUUGGCUUUCUACGAAAUCGGUGAAAACCACACCUAAGAAUUCACCUAAGGGAGCUACAGAAAUCUUUACUUCCACCCGCAUCUACACAGCACAUCGGACUUCACCGGAGGGGAAUCCAGCUCCAUCUCCCACUUCUGGGAGCACACAGACAUUUUCUGAAGCCCUGGGUGCUCCCACCACAAGGAUACUGAGGACGACAUUUGCCACUGUCCCUACAGACAGGACAGCUAUGUCCUCGACUGCUGGCGCCCCGUUUCCACAGCCUAGAGCCACGCAUUCCUCGGCAACCCCUGUGCCUCUUACCCUUGUGUUCUCGCUGCCGGUUAAUGUCUCUGCUGUCACCUCUACGGUGCUGUCUGAGGAGACUGAGGUUACCACGCCUGGGCCUUCUACACUGGCCGGGGCUUCCUCCACAUCUCUGCCCUCAGAUAUCUCAACUCUGUCAUCCGCUGCAGUGACCACAGCAUCGAUGCCGCCACUGGCUCAGAGCAUCUCCACAACCAGCGGUACCGUGCCUUCCCACAGAGACUCCAUCCACACCACUUCGGAGGCCACAGGGAUCUCUGGCAGGAUGACACCCAGGGCGGUUCCCUCUCCGACAGAAACUCUAGUCCCCUCGCUGAGGCCUCCCACUCCUGUGGCAACUAAGGCUGAGACCACCGUUCUGGCCCCCUCAGCUGACACAGUAACCCCUUCCACACCCACCCUUGGCUGCUCUAAAGCUCUCCCUGGCAACACUCCUGCUGUGUCCUCCGCUCAUGUAACGUCAACUAUGUCUACACCAUUAGCAACCCGCCCCAUAGCUCAAGUGGAGGAGACUUCUACCCCUGCUCUCAGCUUUUCACACUGGCUUUCAUCUAGGACCCAACCUGAGGCGUCUUCAGUUGCCUCUCCUAUUUCUGAAAGCACACAGACCUCCCCUGAGACGCCGUCUCUUUCCGCAGCUCGACUACCUAAUGCCAAGUUUACAACUAUGUCUCCUGACAGGGUCACUACAGCCUUUUCUGCUCCAAAUGUACCUACAGCACUUCUUGGGAAAACCGCUAUGGCAGCAUCCAUUCCCAUCUACCAGCGGUCCCCACGGCCAGUUAGUGUCACUGCCUUCACCUCCAAAAGUGUUUCUGACACUCCCGCGACUGAAUCUCCUAAAGCAGCACUCGCAGAUUGUUUGAAAAGUCCCUCUGUAGCCACUUCUGGGCCUGUGUCUGAGAUGUCCUCAGUGUCAGUUAAUGACUCUGCUCUUCCACCUUCUGCUCCCUCUGCUGUUUCUUCUGAUGCUUCCACAACAGGUGGAUCAUUCUAUACUUUAUUGUCUUCCGUUACCCCCAGGCCUUCUAUGACCAUGCAAACAUCGACAUUGGAUGGCACACCUGUGACAUAUGCUGGGUCUACUUCAAAAAGCACUGUGGCUUCCUGUGCUUUCACUACUUCAGAAGUAACCGAGGUGUCCUACAGGAUCACACCUACAUCCUUUUCCUCCCCGACAGAGCCAACUUUUCCUUCUGUGAAAACUAUUCCAACCACUAUAAUGGCUGGGAAAGUGACUACAUUCGUAAGCACCCCUGCCUCUCCUCUACUCAGUUCUAAGAACAAAGCUAUUUCUUCCAUUCCAAAGACCACAUUUUCACCAUUUCUAUCAACAACCCGACAACCAUCGCAAGGAUAUGAGGCCACCACUCUGGGCAUAUUCUCUGGGAUUACUAAUAGCUCUCUAUCUACUGUAAGCAGUGGUAAAGUAACAGUUCUCACAAAUACUUCUUCCAGAAUUGCCACCCCUGAAAGCGUGCUUUCAUCUACUCCCUCAGAAAAUCCCCACACUUUCUUGAAUUUUCAGGUUUCCCCCUCUUUGACUGGCUUUAAGAGCACUCCCGGACCCACAGAAAGUGUAAAAGCCACCGCUUACCAGUCUUCAAAUACAGAAAAGAUGACUUCCUUGUCAGAAAAUACUUCAACAGCCGUGACAAAAGGUGCCACAUCUGUGAAUGCACCUGUUUCAUACCCUCCCUGGAUUCCAUCCAGUACAGCUCCACCCUCUUUGACAUCAUUUCUUUUUUCACCUCAAAGUACUGAAGCCGAGUUCUCUACUCCAAAGACUUCUUUUCCUCCUACAUCCCAGAUGGUUGAAUUUCCAGUUCUGUGAACCAGAGCCACAUCUAAUAACACCCAGUCUCCACUUAUGACUUCCUGGAGCGCGCCCACCACUGAAGAUUCUCAGGUUCCAACGUCCACCACUGCUCACGUUUCUACAGCCAACAAGAUGGAAACAGAGUCCUUCCUUGUUCCAGAGCCUUUGCCAAAAUUUACAGCCUCUCAGACUGGUCUCGUAUCUGGAGGUGUAAUGGCAAAGUCAUCAGUUUCCACAACACAAAUUCUUCCUACCUUGGAACAGAGACCUUCAUUAUCAAUAUCUUCAAGAUCUGUCCCUACUACGCUGGCUGACAUUAAGCACACAUGUGAGAAGACAACCACAUCUGUAACUCCUGGGACCACACUCCCAUCGAAUCCUGGUGCUGCUUCAGGAUCUAUAAUUUCAAAGGCUACUACUUCACCCAUGCUGACUUGGAUCUUAUCUAGUCUCCCUUCGGGUUCCCCUCUGGCAACUAUAUCCAAUACUCCUCACGUUAUAUCUUCCUCUCCAGUAGAGGUGUCAAAAUCCACAUUUCUGACUUCUGACAUAACACCAAGACACCCACUCACUAACUUUAGGACACAACCCUUUGCUGGUAUAAGUGCCUUACUCACCAGAACCACCCCUUCACCUACAGUGGGCAGUAUCACUACUGGCUUCCCAAGUUCUUUCCCUAUGUCUGUAAAAAUCACAGAUGACAGUACCUACAUUUCCAAAUCCCCUGAAGCAUUUUCCAGAAUCACCUUGACUGCCAAGUCCAGGACUGUGUCUCAAGCUCCAUCCUUUAGCAGAAUGAGUAGGUCACCUCCUACAAUUGACCACAGCCGGUCUAUUGGUGCCAUGCUUGUACCUAGCCCUACAACAACAUCUGCAUGGAGCAGAACCCCAGCUGCAUCAGCACCCCCGACAUUAGUUCUUCCUAAGCCCACACAGGACUCCGUUCUAAAUAUAGCCACCACGACAUCCACUGCUCCUGGAGCCCCAUUUCCUCCCACACCCACUGGAGUAACACAUCCUUCUACAGUGACUGUGUCUUCACUACUGUCUUCCUCUUUUGAGACAACCUGGCCGGACUCCACACCUUCCUUUGUAUCUAUGGAAACUUUGACUUCACCUAUUGCCGUUAAGUCCAAAGUUUCCUUCUACAAUAUUGAAAUGAGCUUCUCUGUCUUUGAUGAAGAGCUAAGGAUCCCUAUUACCAGGGUUGUAAAAGAAUUUGCAAAAAAUUGGUUGACGUCUAUAUUUCAGGACAGUGAAUUUGUUCUUUAAUUGGCUGUUCAAAUUAAAAGCAGAGACACUACUGAGGAAGAAAUAACCAUGGACCGAACGUUUGUAAGUAAGAGAGAAGGGCAAGGAAUGGCUGCAAUUUCCCGUGUACCAUACAGCUGUGCUUGUCAGGUCAUCAUAAAGGCCAACUCUUCUUUAGUGCCCACCAAAUUGAUUAGCAGGAUCAAAAGUAAAAUACAUGGCAACCUCACUCAUGGAAACGUCACACAAGAUCACUUGAUGUUCUUAGUAAAGUCUGAACACGUUGCAGUGAAAAAACGAGAGCCCGCAAAGUGCAAAGCUGAAGAAACAGCCUCUAAAUACAAAGGGGCAUAUAAGAGGGUCUUAACCCACCCUACCAAGACAGCCCAAACUAGAUGCAUAAAAAAUGAGGAUGGAAACGCUACUAGAAUCUGCUCAAUCAGUAUCAACACUGGCAAAUCUCACUGGGAAAAACCAAAGUUUAAACAAUGCAAAUUGCUUCGAGCGCUUCCUAAUAAGAUUGUGGAUCUUGCUAAUAUUACAAUAAGUGACGAGAAUGCGAACAAUGUUGCAGAGCACAUUUUAAAUUUAAUCAAUGAAUCAACUCUUCUGGAUGAAGAAGAAACAUAGAUUAUUGUUUUGAAAGUGUCCGAUAUUUCACAAUGAAUAAGUGUGAAGCUAACCCAGACUAUAUUACAAAUAAUUAAUUCUGCUUUGGGAAAGCAAAACAAUUCAGCAUCUGAUCUGCAGGAAGUAAGCAAUGAAUAAGUACUAAUACUUUGAAUUCUGAUGAUAAUUGAGCGUGCUGGUCACAAGAUGGAGUUUCACGGGAGGACAGCAAAUCUGACGGUGGCCAAGCUGGCUUUGGCUUUCCUGCGGGUGGACCACACAUUUGAAGGCAUGACCUUCAGCAUUCACUCCUACAAAGAAAGCACAGACCCUGAGAUUUCCCUAGACGAAGUCCCUCUGGGGAGGGUUUUGGCCUCCAUAUACUUACCUAAAUCACUGAGGGAGAGAAUUCCUCUUAGCAACUUACACACCAUCUUAUUUAAUUUUUUUGGCCAAACUUCACUCUUUAAGGUAAACAAAAACGUCGCUAAAGCCUUAACCACCUAUGUUGUGAGUGCCAGCAUUUCAGGUACAUCAGAUACAUCCAUUCAAAACUUGGCCGACCCAGUGGUUAUUACUCUGCAGCAUGUUGAAGGGAACCGGAAUUAUGAUCAAGUUCACUGUGCCUUUUGGGACUUUGGGAAUAACAAUGAGCAAGGUGGAUGGAAUUCAUCAGGCUGUAAAGUAAAGGAAACAAACCUAAAUUACAUAAUCUGUCAGUGUGACCAUCUCGCCCAUUUUGGAGUCUUAAUGGAUUUAUGCAGGUCUGCAGUGGAUGCAGUGAACGAACGGAUAUUAGUGCUUAUAACAUACGUGGAACAUAUGUGGAACAUAUGUGGAAUCUCCUCCAUUUUCCUGGGAGUUGUUGCAAUAGUGACAUACAUAGCUUUUCACAAACUUCGAAAAGAUCAUCCUUCCAAAAUCUUGAUCAACCUGUGCACAGCACUACUGAUGCUAAACCUGGCAUUUCUGGUCAAUUCCUGGUCAUCAUCAUUUCAGAAAUCGGGCCUUUGUAUCACAGCCGCUGUGUCACUUCAUUACUUCCUGCUCGUUUCUUUGACUUGGAUGGGUCUGGAGGCAGUCCACAUGUAUUUUGCUCUAGUCAAAGCCUUCGACAUAUACAUUCCCAAUUAUAUCCUUAAAUGUUGUCUGUUUGGUUGGGGAAUCCCAGAGAUUUUGGUGGUGAUUAUACUCAGCGUGUGAAAAGAUCUGUAUGGGACUCUGAGCUCAACGACUCCGUCUUUUUGGAUUAAAGAUGAUCCUGUCUUUCACAUCUCAGUGGUGGCUGAUUUUUGCCUCGUAUUUCUCAUGGAUCUCUCCACGUUCUGCACUGUUCUUGCUCAACCGAAUUCCAUGAAAUCCCAAAGCCAGAAGACUCGGAAGAUGAUCCUGCAUGACCUCAAAGGCACAACCAGCCUGACAUUCUUGCUUGGCCUCACCUGGGGGUUUGCCUUUUUUGCCUGGGGAGCUGUGAGGAUCCUUUUCUUGUAUCUUUUUGCCAUUUUUAACACUUUGCAAGAUGGCAGCAGCCGGUGUGGGCUCAAUGUUGGGCAGAAACAGGAAAGACCGAAGAAAACCUUUGUGCACAACUUGUUGACACCAUCCAUCAAGUCAACUGCAACUAGUUCCAUUUUCAAAUCUUUAGGCUCCGCCCAAGGCACUCCUUCAGAAACAAGCUCCCCAAAUGACAACCUUGACGACGAUCUUAACUGUUUCUCUCCUUUGAGUUGUGAAGCUGUGCCUAAUUGUCGGAAAACAGAAUGGUUGUCUGGGUACAGAAUGACUGUAAGGGUAUCGGGUGAUCGCGUGGCUGACGGGGAGCUGCCGUGGCUGCCGCUGCCCGGCGUCACGAGAGAGUAUCUGACCGCAUAUCACUAG